UAGGCUAUAAAUGUCUUCAUACUCACACUCGUUUAUACACAUGUCUGAGAUCACGAAAAGGAAAACAAAUUCCAGAGGGGGACCCUGGUCUCAGGAUGAACGAGAAAAGCUCUGGAAUCUGAGAAGGCAAAACAGACAACUCCGUUGGCCCCAGUUUCGUGAAGUAGGUGCUUUUUUUUGCAGGAGCAUCCCCGUUUGUCGAGAGCCCUUAACUAACCCUGUGGACAGCGGUAUUUUCCACAUCGAAGUACCCCUGCCAUCACGAAGGAGUAUUCGGUAAGAGAAUUCGCUUCAAUAACUGCCUUGGAGAUAAUC